UUUGUUUUUAUUAAAUUAGUUGACAUACGAUACUAGACAGGAACGGAACAUGGCACGUCUUACAAUAUUUCUAAUAAUCUUGACAAUUAAAUUUAGUCAGGGUCAAGGGGAUAAAAAAGAAGAUGAAAAUAAAGAUAUCGGAGAUUCAGAGAAUGGAGAGUAUGGUGGAUCAGGUUCAGGGGAUUGGGAAGAUACUGGAGGUUCAGGGGAUGGGAAAGAUACUGGAGGUUCAAGGAAUGGGAAAGAUACAGGAGGUUCAGGGAAUGGAAAAGAUACUGAAGGUUCAGGGGAUAAGAAAGAUGCCGGAGGUUCAGGAGAAGAAGAUACCGGUAUCCCAGAGGAUGUUUUGAACCUUAAAUUUGAUAAUUCUCCAAAUGUUUCGUUUGCUGACGCAGAUUUAAAGAUCUUGAAGGAAAAAGCUGAAGCUAAACUUAGGGAAACUCUGGAUUUUACGAAUUUGAAUAAAAGAUUUCGUUGGGUUCAGAUAAACCCUGAUGUGAGAGAGGUGGCCAAGGAACCUACACUACUCGGAGUAAUGCAUGCACUCUGGGUAGAGAAAAGUGGACUUGAUACAUGUGGAUCCAACCAAACACUUAGCAAAGCCUGUGUCUCAGCGAUGCAGAACAUACAAGCUUAUCUGGAAAAGGAGAAUGAACAAAAAAAACGUGAUAGUGAAAGGGAUUAUGCAGAUAUAAAAGUUUCAACUUCUCUUAGGGAUGAGUUCUGCGAACGUAUAGAAUCUGGGUGCCGCAAUUCAGAUUCUGAGUUCCCCGAGUAUGAUGGUUGGUGUAACAAUCUGGAAAAUCCUAGCUGGGGUGGAGCUGGUGUACCUUAUGCAAGACUUUGCGGCAAAUCUUUCUACAAGGAUAAUCUCUUAAAGCCCUGGAGUGAGGAAGAUGGGUUUCCCAGCCCAAGAGAAGUCAGUCAGAUCUAUAUGAACAGUGAUGUAUCCUGGGAAUCUGGUUUACCCUCGCCGAAGAGCGAGGAUAGAGAUUUGUCUGUUCUAUUCUCAAUAUGGGGUCAGUUUGUGGCCCACGAUAUAACUCAGGCAUCUCUUGAUUUUGCUGAUGCAGAUAAAGAGUGCCCCGAGAAUAAAGAACAUGGUAAUGCUUUCUGUGCCAGGAUGCAAGGAUCAACUUCUGACAAGCUCAAUGGUCGAGAUAGUUAUCCUUUCAUAUCUUCAGUCAGAGUUCCCUUAAACCCCUGUGAAAAUGAUGUACUAUCUUUAAAAUCUGAGCAGGUUAAUGGAUACUCUUCAUUUCUUCAUGGAACCCAGAUAUAUGGAUACAAGGAGGAAAAUACAAGAACUAUCAGUGAGAAUGGAGAUAUGUCUACAGGGAGACUAAAAAGUUUUGAUAGUUUCAAAAGUUCUGUUCAUUGUGGCGAUCCUAGGUGUGUUGCUAUUCCAACGCUGAUGUCUUUGCAAGCACUUUUCAAUUUUGAGCAUUCUAGAAUUGCUGAUGAACUCAGAGAUGCAGGACUUUCUGACGGAUUUCGAAUAUUUCAAGUUGCUCGACGUAUAGUUAUAGCAGAGCUUCAGGCCAUUACAUACAACACUUGGCUACCAUUGCUUCUUGGUCCAAAUAUUAUAAAGGAGUAUAAGUUAGAUCUGGAUGAUACACAAACCAAAUAUGAUCCUGAAAUCAACCCGACUCUUUUCAAUGAAUUUACAACAGCAGCAUUUAGAUAUGGACAUUCUACAAUACCAGGGAUAAUGAACACAAAGGACGAAACAAAACAUAAUCUUCAUGAGAGUUUCUUCAUAAAUAAGAUGGAUCUAACUAAAGAUAAUUACCACACGGUUCUCAGAGGAAGCUCCAACUCGCCUUGUGAAAAAGUUGACAGCGUAGUUACAAGCCAUAUGAAGGACCAUGCCAAUGUGGCGUUUAUCACAGGGGUUAGGGAUAUAGCUGCGAUGAAUAUUGGUAGAGGCCGAGAUCACGGUUUACCACCGUACAAUAUAGUUCGAGGUUUCUUUAAACUACCAGAGGUUGAACCUAAUUUAGAUUUUAUUGAUAAGUUUAGCUUGCUGGAGAAACUGUACGAGGAAAUAGAGGAUCAGUAUGAAGGAAUGGAUCUAUGGGUUGGAGGACUUUCCGAGACCCAUGUUAAAGGAGGGCAGGUUGGACCGACCUUUGCUAAUCUGAUUGGUUUACAGUUUCAUAAUAUAAUGUUUGGUGACAGAUAUUUCUUCACUCAUUCGGCAGAAAAUAAUGGAAAAGGACUUUCCCGAAAAAUCAGAAACCAGAUACUUAAGAGAACUCUAGGAGACAUUAUGUGUGAUAAUAACUUUCAACUUAAAGAGGUUCAGGUUGACGUGUUUAAAUUUAAGUCUGGAGUAAAGAACUGCAAAGAUUCAAAUAAACUGGAUUACAAGCUAAUUGCAGACACUUAUAAAACAUCCUAUAAACACACUACAGAGCAUUCUGAUAAAUCAGAGGAAGAUUCCGACGAGGAUGAAACGCCUGGGACUGGUAUCAAACCGACAUUGAAGAUUGAUAGCGAAACUAAUGCGGACACAGAGCCGAACACCAUAUGGACAUGGAACGAUGUCUUGGGUUCCCUUGGCUCAAUUAUAGGUAACACAGUGAACAGAGGACUCAAUUGGAACAGGGAAAACAGAGAAAACAGAGAAAACAGAGAAAACAGAGAAAACAGAGAAAACAGAGAAAACACAGGAAACAGAUGGAACAGAGGAAACAGAUGGAACAGAGGGAACAGAAGGAACAGAAGGAACGGAGGAAGAAGAGGGAGCAGGGUGAGGGAAGGAAACCGAUGGAACCGAUGGAACGGAAGGAGAGGAGGGAGCGGCAGAACUCUAUUCCAUUGGAACUAAAAUCUCUAGGCUUCCUAACAAGUUUUAAAACCAAAAAUUUCUUGUAGAACAUAAUAAUUUUCAUUGUAUAGAUCGAAAGUGCUUUUGUUGCUAAAUCUUGAUUCUAUCCUCUUUCCCCUGUUAUUAUAACAUAACACAUUUCAAACUUUGUGUUUUGUAUGUAUUUAUGUAUUUAUGUAUUUAUCGCUGCAAAAGGGCUAAAUUAAAAUGUAAUAAUUGUGCACUACCUGUAAUUGUUAACAUAUUUGGUCAAAUAUAUAUAUAUAUAUAUAUAUAUAUAUAUAUAUCAAUCUAUAGAAGUAGUUAAAGCCGAGGUCCCUAUGAAGGUCAUUUAAACUCCCGAAGAAUUUGGAUAUAGACGAAAUUUACGAUUUGAUUUACAAAUAAAGAUUUAACUUUCUAUGA